CUUCAACAACAGUAAAUCACUCCACCACUCCUCCUACAUAAGUUUCCUCUCAAUCAAACUCGCAGCUGUGUGGUCCAACAAACUGCUGAAAACCAUCCCUACAUCGCCAGAGAAAUCCGCUGCCACCAAACAAACAAACAGGCUAUAGCGGCACGAGAAAUGGCGAGCGCUACGGAGACAUCGCCGACACAUACCCCGCCGGGCCCGAACGCCCCGCGCCCAAAGGGCAUUCUUAAAAACUCGUACCGCGGCUCUCCUUCGAUAUCACCCAUCGACAGCCAUGAUCCUGUCCAUCAUGUUGCGUCGCCCGACCACCUGACACCGAAAGAAGCCAAGGAGCUGACAAUCAUAAACACGCAAUACAACGCCGGGCACCGGCGCUCGUCGUCAGCCGCCGGCUCGCGGCCCGGGGGAUCUCGCCGACAAAGCUCCCUCACUCCCAGCCGGCGGGGAAGCCAGCAGGGCGACGAUUCCGAGGAGCAAGGCCAGCGGCUCAAGUGGGACGAGGCCAACCUGUACCUCACCGAGCAGGAGCGCAGCAGCACCAUGAAGAUCAACGAGCCCAAGACACCCUACGCAAAGCACUACGACCCGGCCGAGGACCCGUCCGAAGACGAGGACGGCGCAGAAGACAUGCCCGAGCCCAUCGAGCCGGAUAACAUCGACAUGGACCGGGUCGACGGCGUCCCCCGCCCCAACCGCCAACAACGGCAGCGGCCGCAGGGCGACGACGAGAUCCCGCGCCUGUCGCUGGGCGAGCCCGAGGAGGAGGUGCCGGACUACGAGUUCAACACUAGCACGGGCAGCAAACGCCCCCGCGCAGUGCAUGUCGACAGCAACGGGAGCGGACACGACACGGAUACCGACGAGUACUUGGUGGGCAUGAGCGCCGAGGAGCGGGAGAAGCAUCGGCGGUUUGAGGAGAUGCGUAAGAAGCAUUAUGAGAUGAAGAAUGUGGCUGCGCUGCUGGGGCAUCCGGAGCAGCUUGAGGAGGAUGAGGAUGAGGAGGAUGAGGAUGGGGAGAUUGGAGGCCAGGGGAAUGAUAGGAACGACGGCGGCGUCCCCCCAGUCCCGCCUUUGCCGAGGCAGACUAACGGCUCGUCUCACACUCGCAAAUCAUACCAGAUGCGCCUUGUAUGGCUGAAUGGGCCAGCCCCAAGGGCUGCUGCCAACUCUUGCCUAACAUUCGGCACCGUGUUGCGGCCCACGACGACGACAAGCAUCGAAGAACGAUUCUCCCACAUCCGAGUCGACUCCCAGGCCGCCAAUGCAGCUGUACGAGGCAGACGCUAUGCCUCAGUCAAGUCGCAGGGCGCCUACAAGUUGAAGAAUAAAAAGACCAUUCCCAAAAAACUGGGCGCGAAGAAAACUGGCGACCAGUAUGUUAUUCCUGGGAACAUCAUCUACAAGCAGCGUGGCACAAUAUGGCACCCGGGCGACAACACCAUCAUGGGCCGCGACCACACCAUUCACGCUGCUGUCGCCGGCUAUGUCAAGUACUACCGAGACCCCAACCGCCACCCCGACCGCCAGUACAUUGGUGUUGUCUUCAACCGCGACGAUAAGCUGCCUUAUCCGCCGGGCACACCUCGGCGACGCAAGCUCAACCUCGCCGCUGUCCCUCGGAAGGAUGAGGCGCCAACCGGCGAGACCAUGUCACCCAGUGGAAUCCCUCUAGCGGUCACACGACAUGAUCCAAUCCCGGAACCCGAGCCCAAACUCAACACCACGGCGAAGGCUCAGCCGGAAACCAAUGAGUCCGCCCCGCCAUCUGAACAGCCCGUCGCGCUAACCGACGGCAACUCCGUCAUCCUCCGCCUAAUCCAGGAAAAGCUCCAAGCCCGGGCAAAGCGCGAGGCCAAGGAGGAGGCUAAACGGCUCCUGAAAGAGCGACAGCUCAAAGAGCGCAUGGCAACGCGCGUUCUGCGCCUGCAGAGCAACUACAGCUACCGCGAGACCAACUGGGACAUUGGCCGGCUUGUCGGCGACGCCGGCACCCUGAUCGGCACCGAGGAGACGGGCGAGUCAAGAAAGGCCAAGUUCCGGCUGCGGAAGAGGAAACGCAGGGUCUAUUUCAAACACAUCAAGAGUCGGAGAGAGGCAAGGGCAGCACGCCGCCGGGAGCACAGGAGACGGGUCCAGGCAAAGAGGGAACGGUUGCUCUUGGAGAGGGCGGAGGCUGCGGCGAAGGAACAGGCGGAGAAGAAUGCUGCUGCUGCUGCUGCUGCGGGGGGGACGACGGAUCAGGGCAAGGUCGAGGCCUGAUCUUUCUGCGUUGGAGCAUACUCUCCGUCGCUGGUUCGUCAGGCACGGCCAUUGGGCCUGUACAAUGAGCCUGAGGAUUAGCUGGACGGGUCUAGAGAUGUUUUGAGAUGUACAAUAUUGUCGUGAAAUAGAUACUGUUGACAUUAUUCUCUUGCCUUGCUACCUGAGCCAGUUGCAAUCGAUUGGGUUUACGGCGUCCUUGGCCAGACACCGUCAAUUCAGGGAGAGAACGGUGGGAACAAGGGCAUCGGUCGUGUCACUUAAGAUGGCCGACUCAAACUC